GUAGUUGAAUUUUUGUGACAAACACGCUUGUAAACAAACUCGAAAAAAAGAAGAUAUCUGAUUUCUAUCAUAUUCUUCUCGAAUCAACUGCCUGAUGGCAGCACCAAACACAAUCUCGCUUGUUCAAGUUCUUGGAGUUCUCGUUGUGGUUCUGUGUUUUUUUUCAUUAUCAGCUUCUUACAAUUUAUCUUUCCUUUGACAAUUGUUAGGCUUACUUUUACGUGAAUUAUGGUUCUUCCAAACAGUGUUUGUCGCACAUUCAUGGAAUCAUUCCGUGCUAUCUCUUUGUGUGUAUAAUCGAUAAUUUUGUGAGCGUGUGUUACAUCGAUGUAACCAAAGGUGACUAAAAAGCUCUUUAUCACUAUUUCUGUUUGUACAUUAUCGGACAAUCUCUCGGAUAUACCAGGAUGAGUUCGAGUACUCUUGGCGCAAAAGCGGAACAAUACUUUUACAAUAUAAAUUCAAUAGCUCAGAGGAUAGGUGAGGAUAUAACCGCAACAAAAGAAGCCUAUGAAGGGCUGUGGAAUACUCUGAGCAUGGCUGAACGCAAUCAAGCUAUCAACGAGACAAUAAUUCAGCCUGAAGUUGCUCUGAAGUAUACCUUGAAAAAGGUGGAGCUAACUAAGGACUUGCCCGAAUGGUAUCCAAAAUUGCGUAUACAAACUGGAAUGAAAUAUGUUAUAGAUGAAACUGGUUCUACAUUACGAUGGCGAGAUGAACAUUCUUCACCGUUUUCAUUCAAGACCCAGUCGCAAAUGAAUCUGAGUCUGUUGGAUUCUAACGAGGAUUUAAAAUUGAAAUCGAUGAAAACCUAUUUCGGCGAAUCGCCACACUUUUCCAGCCCGGUAAAGACACAGAGGAGCAAUCCUUCCUCUCUAACCAACAGUUACAGCUCCGCGCAUCAAGUUGGCUGUUAUCCAUCGGAUUGUUACGCCAGCAGUUUGUUCGAAAACGAUCAAUGCGGCGACUUAUUGACAAACGGAAUCAACAGCGAACAUUCUGACAGCAUAUUUGCCAAACUGAUCAACAAGACUUCUUUGUUGAAAUUACAAAAUAACGUUGAUGACGAUAUGGAAAGUUUGGUGAGAGAUUCCGAUACGGACAAAAGUCAAUCGAAUACUCUAGUAGUGAUGUCACGAACAAAGUCGAGCGAUAUUAAUGAAUCGACCGCUUUAUUAGAAACACCUAGUUCUUAUAGCAGUCUUCAAUCAUCUCAAUUGAACCACGAAGAUGAGGAAAGGACUAUACCAAAGACUGGAUUUGAGUUCCUUGAUAACUGGUAAAUUCAUCAGAUAUAACAACGUAAAGUUUCAUCUAAUUUCUUGAUUUUUCUACUGAUGAUUCUAUUGUAAAAACAAUAUUUUCAUAAAUAUCCCCCCCCUAAAAAAUUUUGUACGCAAGGAAUAUUUUUACUAAUUUUGAUAGGAUUUUUAUACUUAGUUAUUAUUUUAUUUGUACCAGAUACCUGACUGAAUAGAGAUUUACAUGACAAAAUAUAAUUCAAACAGAUCAAUAAUUUUAGAACUGAUUGAUUUAAAGACUGAAACAAUUUUGUAUUUUCCAUGAAAUUCAAUUCUACGAGUUUGUGAAAUCGAAUAUCAUCUAAGCCAAUUUAAACUAAUGCGCGCGCGCACAGUAGCGUUCAAGUUUCUAACCAGUACGCAUUUUUUAUUACAAUAUAAUUUAUAAAAAAACAUCUAAUAUAUAUAUAUAUAUAAAAUUUUAAUCAUUAUCAGAUGUAAAUGUAAGAUACAGAAAAUAAAAUAACAGUGAGAGAAUAUUGUUUUAUGUGUUCGUGAAAAUAGUUUUCUUACAAUAUUUACAUGUGCAAAGAUAUUUCCGGCCGUUUUGUUCUAAAAGAAAACAAUAAAACAUUCUAUAUAACGCACUUUAUAGUACUAAUUUACAUUAUAAACGUAGAAGGCUCCAAUUGUGUAAAACAAAAAACUUGAAGUGGAAACGGCCAAUGUGAGCCUUGGGACACAGUUAAUAAUGUGUAAUAUAUUUUUUGGUAAAAAAUCUCUUUAACGUUUCUUCUUUUAUUUAACGUUCUUGUGUCUACCAUGUGCGUGACACACAUUGUACGUGUCAUUUGAAUUUGUUUAUUUUUAAUAAACUCAAUAAAUUUAUUAAAACUCAUAAAGAUCCUAUCGACAAUACCAACAAAGCAAUGUAGUGUAUCGCAUAUCAUGUGAGUCAUGUGAUUACUCCUAUACAGGACAAACUAAGAGACAAGUUAAAACAAGGAUCAAAGAACACAUGAAUUACGUCAAGAAGCGGGAUAGUAGCUCUGUCUUAACUGAACAUUUUUUAAAAACUGAACACAGUUUCAAUUGGGAUUCCACACAAAUAUUGGACUUAGAAUCCAAUUACAUUAAAAGACUCACGUCUGAAAUGUUGCACAUUAAAUUGCAAACACAAAGUCUUAA